GGAAGCAGAGCAAAGCUCGGCGAGGAGAGAGAAAGAGAGUUGGGAAGGAGAGUGAGGAAAUAAAUUCAUAGCAGACCCGGAAAUUAAUCGGUGCAUAAUAAGGGGGGAUGUUGGGAAGAAUCGGCCUGGAUUGCCGCCGAUCUUUGCGACUCGGCCGCGGCGAUUUCCAUUUCUGGGAGGAGCCACGGCCUAAGUUUGAGGAGAAGAGUGAGCGAGGAGGAGGAGAAGGGAGUGUCAAGAUAGAGAACGCGUUUUCAAACGCUUUCCUCCUUCGUUGAACGCAAAGUUCUUCUAUGCACUGGCUCCAUGAAGAUUCAGUGGCGACGUGGCUAUAAGAGGAAAGCGGAAAGGCUUCGGUAGAGAAAGAGAAAGAGAGUGUGGGCAGAGCUCUGCGUUUUUUAGAGCAAAAAAAAGGUGCGAUUUUUGCCGCGGGAGAAGAAGAGCAGGAUGGAUUCCGGCGACGAGCAGGAUGUGACGGAGUCGAAGGGGAAGAAGAAGAGAUAUCAUAGGCAUACGCCGCGCCAGAUUCAGGAGCUUGAAGCGAUGUUUAAGAUAAACCCUCAUCCGGAUGAGAAGCAGAGGAUGCAGUUGAGUCGGGAUUUGGGGCUCGAGCCACGGCAGAUCAAAUUUUGGUUCCAGAAUCGCAGGACGCAGAUGAAGACUCAACAUGAAAGGGCUGAUAAUUGUGCUCUACGUUCGGAGAACGACAAGAUCCGGUGCGAGAACAUCGCCAUGAGAGAGGCGCUGAAGAACGCAAUCUGCCCAACAUGCGGCAGCUCUCAAGAAUCUGAGGAUUCUUACUUUGAUGAGCAGAAACUGCGAAUGGAGAACGCCAGGUUAAAAGAGGAGCUUGAUAGGGUCUCAACAAUUACAUCGAAGUAUCUAGGAAGGCCUAUCACACAGCUUCCUCCAAUUCAACCUUUAUCAGUUUCAUCGCUUGAUCUCACUGUUGGUGGCUAUGGGAAUCCUGGGUUUGCCCCGUCGCUUGACAUUGAUCAGCUUGGUGUUGGUCCUCCGACAAUGGCAUUCCCGUUCCUCACAAUUUCGGAGAUUGAAAGGCCAAUGAUGGUGGAGCUUGCAACCCGAUCGAUGGAGGAGCUGAUAAGGCUUGCACAGACUGAUGAACCUCUUUGGACCAGAAUUGGAACUAAUGGAAGGCAAAUUCUUAAUCUUGAAACCUAUGAAAGGAUUUUCCCCAAACCGGUACAACAAUUUCGAUCGCCCGAUACUCGGGUUGAGAGUUCAAGAGACUCUGGAGAUGUAAUGAUGAAUUCCUUAGCAUUAGUCGACAUGUUUAUGGACCCAGGCAAAUGGAUGGAGCUAUUUCCCUCAAUAGUUUCAAAUGCAAGAACAAUUGAAGUCCUUAUGCAUGGAAUGGAUGGAAGUAGGAGUGGAGCCUUAGUUUUGAUGUAUGGUGAAUUUCUAGGUCUAUCACCCGUCGUUCCCUUGCGCGAAUUUUUCUUCCUCAGAUACUGUCAACAGCUUGAGCAAGAUUUGUGGGUAAUUUCAGAUAUCUCCAUUCUCUACCCAAAAGAAAACCAGUUUUCUUCUUCCACAAAAUGUAGACUUCCCUCUGGUUGUUUGAUUCAAGACAUGCCAAAUGGAUACUCUAAGGUAGUGUGGGUUGAACACAUGGAGAUUGAAGAGAAGAAUCCAAUCCACCAGCUCUACCAUGAUCUAGUUGAUAGUGGGAUAGCUUUUGGAGCUCAGAGAUGGAUUGCAACUUUGCAAAGAAUGUGUGAGAGGAUAGCUUGUCUAAUGGUGACUGGUAACUCUCCUAGGGACCUUGGAGGAGUUAUUCCAACAGCUGAGGGAAAGAGGAGCAUGAUGAGGCUUUCUCAGAGAAUGGUGAGCAACUUCUGCUCCACUCUAGGCUCAUCAAAUGGCCAUCGCUGGACUGCACCAGCUGGGCUCAAUGAUGUCGGCAUCCGGGUUACUGUUCAUAAGUGCUCUGAUUCUGGCCAACCAAAUGGUGUCUUUCUUACUGCUGCAACCUCCAUAUGGUUGCCAUUCUCCCCUCAAGCAGUCUUCAGCUUCUUCAGAGACGAGCGAUCCCGUGUUCAGUGGGAUGUUCUAUCAAACGGCAAAGCAGUUCAGGAGGUAACUCGGAUUGCAAAUGGUCAACACCCAGGAAAUUGCAUCUCCCUCCUUCGAGCAGCAAUGAAUCCCUCCAAUCCGAAUGAAGGGAAUAUGCUGAUCCUCCAGGAGAGCUGCACAGACCCUUCAGGUUCAUUAGUAGUGUAUGCUUCGAUCGACCUGGCGUCGAUUAACAUAGCCAUGAGCGGCGAAGACACAUCGUACAUACCUCUCCUUCCAUCAGGAUUCACAGUGCUUCCCGACGGCCGGCCAGGAACCGGAAGUAAUGCAUCUUCAAGCUCAAAUCCCAUGGGAGGAUCCUCAGGCUCGGUGCUCACCGUCGCAUUUCAGAUCAUGGUGAGCAGCUUGCCAUCAGCAAAGCUUAAUCUCGAGUCAGUUGCUACUGUAAACAACAUCAUCGGUGCCACAGUGCAGCAAAUAAAGGCUGCUUUGAGCUCACCCGGCGCCUGAGAAGAAACAUGGCAGAGCAGAGGGUGCAAAGCUAGCUUGUUUAAGUCAGGUAAAAAGAAGUAGAUUGAUCGCUAGUUCUGCAACUGUUCAGCUCUGCAAUGGGUAUACAUUUUUUUUUUCUUUUUUUCUUUUUUGAUGUGCAUAUAGGCAUGUAUGUAGUCCCCUGCUGAGAUUGUUCUGAUAGGAUUUAGCACUUAGAUUUUCUUUGCUGUUCAGAUUUACAUUCCUUUUGAGCUUCAAAAAUUGUAGUCAACUGAAGAUGAAAUCUCUCAUUGAUCCUGAGUUCCUGACUGACAUCCUGUAGUUUCUAUAUUGUUUUUUGAAU